ACGUGGUACGGUGGCAAAAUUGCCGCGGUCCCUUUCGUCGGUGGGCCCCCCCCCCCCCACACACGUGGCGCGGGUUGGACUCGAGUCGCCGGGCCUCGCCAUGUUCCGCAGGAAACUCGCGGCGCUCGAGUACCACGAGCCGGCCAGCUUCAACCACAACGAUGAAACCGAGUAUAGAAAUUUCAUCCUGUGGCUGGAAGAUCAAAAGAUCCGACACUACAAGAUCGAAGACCGAGGCAAUCUGAGAAACAUCCACAGCACUGAGUGGCCAGGCUAUUUUGAAAAAUACUUGGCUGACGUGUGCUGCCCGUUCAUUGCAAAGGAGAGGGCCGAGGUGACGGACUGGCUCCUUGGACUCGGGGUGCGGCUGGAAUAUGGAGACAAUGUUGAGAAGUACAACAAGAUUUCGGCAGACAGUCUAAAGUCAUCCGGAGGAAAUUCCAAACCUUCAGACCACCUCACCAAUCUCGAUGUGAGCAACCCCGACGUGAAGGCGGGGGUGUCUGCGCUGGCCAACCUGCUCCAGAUUCCCCGACAUGACGACUACCUUGUCAUGCUCAAGGCCGUUCACAUCCUGGUGCAGCAGCGUCUCUCCACGGAAGCCAUCGCCAAGGCGAACGAGAGCAAAGCGGGCAUCCCGAUCGCUCUGGAUCAAAACAUUCUUGGCUUCGACACCGGAGAUGCCACCGUGAACGAGGCGGCGCGCAUCCUGCGGCUGCUGCACAUCGAAGAGCUCCGAGAGCUGCAGACCAAGAUCAACGAGGCCAUCGUGGCCGUGCAGGCCAUCACAGCCGACCCUAAAACUGACCAGCGGCUCGGCAAAGUUGGGCGCUAAUCCUGCUGCGUUCUCGCGGCACACUGAACGUGCGCCGGUACCGGGACUUUUCCUGGGCCGUUCCCGUGCUGUGGUUGUUCCCACGAUUGUAUGAUUGGCUGCCGUAAAGUAACUGUUUUGGGGGGGGGGGGGGGGGGUGCCCUGUUGCUAUCGAGUAAAAUAUUUCCGAUUCGUUUCUGAAAUCCUGUUUGACCGUUCCCGACGUGUGAGUGCAGCCACCGUGCGCUUGAAGUUUCCCAAGCUGCUCUUCGUUGGCUAAUAUGGCACUGCAUAUCUGCAGCGCCAGACCUACAUAACUGCAGCACCGGCUCCCAUAAUGCACCACGUUAUGUGACUUGCAUGUGUAGUGCCGUGUUCCCUACCUCGUGUUAAAGGGUACAGCAGUCGUAAGUGGCAAGGCAUUGCCUAAGCAUUGCUCCUAAAAGUUGAGUGACCAUCACUUUCAGUUUUUUUUUUCCAUGAGCAAAGAUUUGAACCUGUGGUAAAGUCUUCAAACAUCAUGGGUAUGCAGCUCCAAAACGAGGACUGCGUCCUUAGCUCAGCAUUGUCUACCAUACAUAAAUUAGAUGUUGGUUUCACGUAAUACACUGCAUCUCAAGGCUGUACGAGAUCAAUAUGACAUACACAUGCUGUAGAUGGUGAAGAGAGUCAUAGGCAGAGGGGAAGAGGGACGUCUCAAGCCUGGAUUUGAGCCAGGGAGUUAACAACACAUUGCUUGGGGAGGAAGUUCCAUAUAGGGGUAGCAGUGGAGAAGGAGCAACUUCCCACUGAUGAGGAUUUCGUAUGGACAAUGAAGAGCACUUUUUAAGUAAUUUGCCAAUUUAGUUGCUUUAUUACAAUUGAUACAUUCAAAUAUAUUAAACUUUCCCAUAAACCAAAGGCGAGGAUGGGAAGGGAGGAGAUGAGGCCUCGUGGGUUUGUGGGGACACAAUUGAGUCCAGCACGGUUUAGUCCCAGCCCGGUCGCGGUUCCAGCUCGCGUUUAACUCAGCCGUGAUGUGUGCAGCGAUACUUUAGCAGGUGGAACGGCUGCGUAAACACAAACACGCAACGGUGCACUUGCUUCAUCUAAAGGUUGUCCAGAUGAAUUGUAACAUUGGGUGUAUGUCUUCUUGGUUCUUUUGGUAAAGUCACGUAGAAGGGAAAUAAUAAAAUAAUAAAAAUUAAACAAUACAAUUCUAACGACGUUUCGGCCACAACGCGAGCAGCCGUCCUCAGGUGAAGAACAGGGCUGUCGGAAAGACAGCCCUCAUCAGGUGCGUUUUAUUAUUUUAUUAUUUCCCUUCUACGAGACUUUACCGAAAGAACCAAGAAGAUGAAUCCCUGCAGUCACGAAAGCUUUAAAUCGAAAAAAAAAAAUCGGUUUAUGCUUUCAAAAAACCAUACGAGUGAUGUAAAAAAAACUUAGAAUAAGUCCCACGUAAUGUUUCUUUUCUAGUUAAAGUCUAUUGAAGUUCAAAUGCAUACAAGCACCAAUUCAACACAAGACAAGUUCCCAUCUUAACGUAUACAGGAGUGAGCUGUGCAAAAAUGAGAUGCUGUGUUUGCACAGUUUGCGUCUAAGAAUACUGCUGUAUAAAGAUUAAAUAAGGAAUAAAAACUACUGGAGCAUUAA